CAAUUAACGGGCGGAAGUCUUUACGACAGGACGGAAGCCUAUCGCGUAAUACGCGCCACCAUCAUUCAAGAACCCGACGUCCCUUUCGUUUUACUCGGACUUCGUCUUCUCUUUCCUCUUCUCCUCGCUCUCACCCUACUCUUCAGCCUUCUUUCGAAGUCUCCCCAUCACCAUUAGCACACUUUUUUUUUUUGUCCAAACCAGUAUGAAGUCGUCGUCAUCUAGAAGAAGCAGAGGCGGGUUCUUUUCUUCUUCAAUUUCCACUAGUAGCGCUAGCACAAUCACGUAUACUGCUAGUACUUUCCAGGAUGAACAUCCCACCCCACACCUACAAUUCAAAACUUCAGAAUUCCCCAACUCUGGUGAACAAGAACAACCCUCUACUACACCUGUUCCAAUUUCAGUUCAUCACCAAGAAUCCUCUCCUGCUGCAAAUGCUGCUGCUCUUAAGAUACAAUCAGCUUACCGGGCUUACUUGGUCCGCAGUCUUGUCAAGAAAUUGUCUGCAGUUAAUUCAGAAGCUAAUUACUGGGAAAGACAUAUCCAAUGCCAGGAAACUGUUGAUGCUGUAAGGACCAGCGAGCGUGAAAGGAUUAAGAUCAAUGAAGCACUAAUGGGCUUGUUGUUGAGGCUGGACUCGGUGCCUGGGACUGAACCAAAUGUGAGGGCGCUUAGGAGGCACUUGAGCCGUAGGAUUGUGGGUUUGCAAGAGAUUCUGGAUGCUGUUUGUGACACUAGAGUUGAGAAUUGGGAUGUCUUUCUAAGGGACUGGGAUGAUGUAAUUUCUAGGAUAGAAAAAGAGGCUUGCCGAGAGAGAGGUGGCGGGCAUGAGAUGGAGAGGUUUUGUGCCGAGUAUCUGGGGUUUAAUUGCCUACAGAGAUUUCUUCGUGAUCAAUGAUCUUUGCUCAUAUAGAAGUUUUCUACCCUUUUUCUUCAACUGGAAUCUCACUCUCUAGGUGCUUCUUAUUAUAUGUAAACCAAAAUUUGUAAAUCAUUAUCUCAACACCACAAUCUUAUGAUCACAUAUAUACCAUUGUACAUAGCCACAGAAGUGAACUACUGACUAAGAGCAUCAUUUAGGAACUAAAAUCUCCAUGGAUUCCAAUGGGAGACUGCAGAACCUUACCUGCUUGACGGGUUUGUAAGUACUUGGACAACUAAUUGUUCGCUUUAUGUUUUCACUGGUUUUGAUAGUUCGUAGAAUCAUGAUAGUCCUGCAAAAUCUUGUAUUUUUUAUAUUUUAUUUUGUUGGUACUUCGUAUUUGCUUUGUCAUAUUCACCAUAGUCAUUUUGCUACGUUUGUUGAUUGGUGCAAGCUUGCAAGGCAUUGUAUAUUAGCUGAAACAUGAGACAGGAAGAUUUUGACUACAAUAAAUGUGUUUUCAUCCAUUGAAUAA